CAUAUAUAUCCAUCAUCCAGUAUAUUUCUGUUCCCUUCGCUUUUUGCAUCGAAAUUCAUAUUCUUUCCAGCUAGUAUGGGUCCAUUGCUGGAUUUUCUUGGCCACUUUCUUCUUCUUCUUACCUUAGUACUACAAGUAUGGAGCUAUCAUCCAUAUGCAGAAAUGGUGUCUUCAAUUAGCCACACUGCUUGUAAUCGGUAUGAAGGAAAGUGGGUGAGUGAUAAUGAGUACCCACUUUUUUCUUCCAGUGAUUAUUUUUUCGUUCCACCCAAUCGGAAGUGUGCGGACAGAAAAGAUACAAACUACCUCCAUUAUAGGUGGCAGCCCAAUAACUGUGAACUCGCCAAGUUUGAUGCAAAGAAUUUUGUGAAAACGUAUAAAGGGAAAAUGGUGAUGUUUGUGGGAGACUCCAUAGCACAGAACCAAUGGAUGUCAAUGGCAAGCUUGAUUCAGAAUGCGUAUGGUCCUGAAUCCAUUUGGAUCAGCACCACCAAUCCCCCAAUUUUCUCUUUGUAUUUCAAACAAUACGAUCUCACUCUUGCUUUCGAGCAGAAUAGGUAUUUGGCUCUUUUGGAGGGCCAGGUUCUAAAGCUCGACAAUAUCUCAUCUAAUAGCAUCGCAUGGUGGCAGAAUGCCUCUCUAUUGGUGUUCAACUGUUAUCACUGGUUUACACACCCCAAACUUGAAUGGGCUUCUGUUGAAGUCAAUGGUACGAUUGAUACAGAAAUGGAACCCAUGGGCGUAUUCACUAAAGCUUUACAACAUUGGGGUGAAGUGGUUGAUAAUGAAAUCGAUCCCACAAAGACAAGGGUGUUUUUCCAAGGGAUAACUGCUGUGCAUCCGGAUUGCAACAAGUACAGAAUGCCCAUAAAUGAAUCAUCUUUGGCUAGUCAAAUGAAUCCCUAUACAACAGGGGAAGAAAUAAUAGAGUAUGAGCUGAGCCAAAUGAAGAGUGAAGUUACUUUUCUGAACAUUACGCUAUUGACUCGGUUACGCCCGGACUCCCAUCCGGAGUUGAUGGAAAAAGGAGUCCGGGAUUGCAGCCAUUGGUGUGUUGCCGGAGUUCCUGAUACUUGGAAUCAACUCAUGUAUGCUGAACUCUUCCCAAACUAGCUACCUACCCGGCUGGCCACCUUCUCAUGAUGAUGAUGAUCUAUUUCUUAUUUCCAUAUAUAUGGAGUAUAAAAGAAUCAAUCGAUCAAUUUGGAAAUUUAAUUAUUUAAGUAUCUUUCUUCUAUACUCAAAGCACAAAUUUAAGAACAUGAUCUUAGGCCAUGUUCAAGUUAUUCAAUUCUAUCUUGUAAUGUAUUUUUGGCCCGUAUAUAAUGGGUCGAAAUAAACAUUUUAUGUUACCGUUUUUUUAUCAUACACUAUAAGAAGUCAGAAGAUAUGAAAUCUUUACAGGAUAUUAAUAGCUAA